CAAAUAUAGAAGGGUAGUGGGGAUUAUUAACAAUAACAAAAAACGUAUUCAAGUGGUCCUUUUUCUAAGUGGUUGAAAUCUUAUUGUAUAUAAAGCUAAACUGACAAUGUACAUUAUUGUGAAAUACAAUUCUUAAACAUGAAGACUACAUUGGUUUUGACUCUCUUGUUUUGCGUCGGUCUGACCGUAUUCGCCCAAAGAACCCAUGAGCCUGAACCUGACCCUGAACCUGAAUUUGAUUGCGACAACUGUAUAUUAUUUACCACUGUUAUCAAGGAUUUAGUAGAAGAAAGAGUACCCUUGGACGAAGUUGAAAGAGACGCAGACAGAUUAUGCAAUGUUUUACCAACUCACUUAAGAGAAUAUUGCCAACAUAAUUUGCUCCCAAAAGUUGAUAGAAUCUAUGGCCAGCUACACGAACAUACUCCCCAAGAAGUAUGUGAAAAAUUGGACUUAUGUGAUGAAUGAUUUUUUAAAAUAUGUAAAUUUGAAAACGUCUAAAAUAAAUAUUUAAAUACAA